CAUGCCCGAUAUUGUUCUCUUGAAAAGACCAAGGGAACAGUUAGGCAUAAAGCUGACAGGGGGGAUUGGCAGCAAGUGGCAAGGCAUUUAUGUUCUGGAAGUGGUUUCUGCCUCUCCUGCCAGUGAGGAGGGCAGCCUUCAGCCCCGUGACAAGAUACUGUACAUCUGUGGGAAGUGCACCAUGGGAAUGAGCUUACAGGAAGCCGUGAAAGCCUGCGAGUCAGCCGCUCGCAAAGUGAAGAUCAAGGCCACCAGAGAUGAUCAACCUGUGGUACCCAAGGGAAGGUGGAAUGGUUUAUUUGAAUGGAAAAAGGAUGUUAAGUUUUUCCCCCGAUAUGAAGAGCAAAUUCCUAUGGAACCAGAGACACCAUGUGAAGACACAAAACAGUUAGCUGAGAGUGGAGCAAAGUUCCAAGAGGAGUUACUUGUCACUUCUGAACCUGAGAGCUGCAUUGUCCAGGUGGACAUCCAGAAGCCCGAGAAAGGAGGCCUGGGCUUUGCCCUUGUGGGGGGCAGCAGUGGCAUUGCCCUCAGGGUAAAGGGUAUCUGCCCUGGCAGCGUGGCACAGCUGGACGGCCGACUGCAGGUGGGGGACAUCCUGUUGGAGGUCAAUGGAGAUAUAGUGUCGGGCCUGAGUCACAACAAGGUGGUAGAAAUGCUGAGGAAAGCAGAAGGAACUGUCUGUCUCACUGUCUCCAGGAAUUUACCGGCUUCCUCAAGUGAAUGUGUAAAACAGUUGUCAGAAACCCACAGACAUAAUCCACAACACACUGCCAAAGAACAAGACUUGAAACAAACCAGAGGACCAUGGCACUUCAAAACCACACUGGCUUUUGAAACACACACUGGGGAAAGCAGGACUUCUCCGUCUCCAGUGCAGAACUGCAGUACUCCUCUUUGUGUCCCAAACACUCCUCAGGACAGCUCAGACAGUGGAAUACCUCAGAAAACACACUUGGCACAGACAAAGGGGAUUCCUGCAGGUGGCUGGAGUAGUGAUGAGGAUGAUGAGGUGCUUCUUCCUUCUGUUCAAGAUAUACAGCCCUCGACAGGCAGAAUUAUUGUGUCGGAGAAGGAGCUGGCCAGGUUGUCGCUGAUAAGCCCCCCUGCGAAUGGACAGUAUUGUGGGUCCAGAGUGAAAGAGCUAAUUGAAACGCUGCAGCUGAGGCUCGAGCAGCAGGAGGUGGUGAAAGAGUUUAUGGCCUUGGAGCACCUGAAACCAUCUGACAACUGCCUUAUAGGAAAAGCCCCAGAGAACAGAGAGAAAAACAGAUACAGGGACAUUCUGCCUUAUGACAAAACACGGGUUCCUGUGGGUGAACAACAAGGGUAUAUAAAUGCCAGUUUCAUCAGAAUGUCUGUGGGGCCAGAGGAGAAUUGGUACAUUUCAUCUCAGGGACCAUUGCCUGGGACAGUCGAUCUCUUUUGGCAAAUGGUGUGGGAGAAUAAGUCGGAUGUGAUUGCCAUGAUGACUCAGGAGGUGGAACGGGGAAGAGUGAAGUGUCACAGAUAUUGGCCAGAGGAAUUAAAUGUGCCAAUGGAUACCAGCAAAUACCAGCUUCAUCUGGACAAUUUUCAGAUUCAUCAUUAUUUUCAUAUUAACAUCAUCAGGAUGAUUGAAAAGGAAACUGGAGGUACGCACAUUGUGAAACACUUCAAAUUCACUACGUGGCCGGACCACUGCACACCAAGGUCCUCAGACCAGCUGGUGAGGUUCAUCCUCUACAUGAGAUCAGUGCACAGGCAGGGUCCGGUGAUUGUUCACUGCAGCGCGGGGAUCGGGAGGACCGGCGUGCUUAUUUGCACUGAUGUUAUUCUCACAAUGAUAGAGAAAGACUUAAAUAUCAAUGUGAGUGAUAUUGUGAAGGAGAUGAGACAACAGCGAUAUGGAAUGAUUCAAACAAAGGAACAGUACCUCUUCUGUUACACAGUCUGGCUGGAGGUUCUACAAAGCAUCCUGCUUCUUCAGAAUGGUAACCAAGGGCAACAGGAAAAUGUGUUGUAAUUUAAUCAUGUUUUCUAUGAUAAGUUAUUGCGCCAUUUCCAAAGAACAGCAUUUGUGUCUGUAUAUAUACCACAAAAGGUUUUAACAGCAAAUAUCUACAUAUAUUUUUCUCUAAUCUCUUUUCAGUAUUGAUUCUGAAAUGUGCUGUUUUAUAAUGUGUGUAAUUUAAAAGCAUGCAGUCCUUAAAAAUACAUUCAUGUAUGUGGAAUAUAUGCUGAGCCAUCUGGUUUUAAAAGAAGACCAAUCCGGCCUUUUUUUAAUACAUUGGUUUCUUGUUUUUCUCCUUUAUUUAUUAAGGUACAGUAGACUGUUCAAGAGCACCGAUUGCACAUUGUGGCUCUUAGUCAUUUUGCCUUGGAUGUUUAACAUAUGGAAAGUGUUAGCACUCAUGACUUCAAAUAAGCCUUCAUUUAAACUUCAAUUGUUAAGCAUUCAAUUGUUUAAAUCUCUUCUCCAAGUUAUGUUAAGUUGAAAUGGCAAUUUGUUCAAGAAUGCAUUUUACAUUGACUGUUAUUAGUGUAAUAACAUCAAUGAAAUUCAUGAAUCACAUUUUAUGAUUUCAAGACUGAUUUUUAAUGAAUGUAGCUUGAAUGCUAAAAUAAUCAUGAUAUUUAUUUUUCAAAUCCUUAAUCCUCUCUAAAAACUGAUUUUUAAAUCUUAAAUCCACUGUUCAAAUAAAGAAUAAAGUUCUUUUUGAGAUCACAUGUGAAGUUGGACAUAUGAUUUUAUACUUAACUCAAAAUGGAAUCCCACAGAUUACAAACAGCUUCUAAAGAUUUGGACUGCAAGACAAGGAGUUCAAUAACUAACAGAUGUAGGAUGGCCAGAGGUUCUACCACGUGAAGUAAAUAAAACAUGCAGAACUUUUGUGUGAUUGAGAAUAAGGUUUUAUGCGGUGGUCAAUUUUCAAAGGCAGCAUGUUGUACCAACUACAGCAGGAGAGAAUCACAGAGAAACAACAUGAUGAAACAGGAAGAUAAUGUCAGUGGAGCAAGGACGUAGACGAUGAGCUCAGAUCUGUGCCCAUGUUCAGACAGAUGGCCUGCUCUAGCUCUGCUUCCUCUAUGACUUCAACCAAAGACUACAGUCUUUUGUGUAGAGAAAAAUUAAAGGUAUGAUGGCCAAUACUGCCUGUAAGAGACAUUUUUAAAAAUACAUAUGUAAGAUUUUAGGAUAUAUAUUUUAAUACAAUAAUCAUCAAUACUUAAACAUGAACAUUCAAAAUUUAUUGCAGACAGAUUGAUUUUUUUCCAUAACUUAGCACUUUAGCUAAAGAAGUCAUUGGGUCAUAAAUUUUGAACAAUUGUUCUUUAAAUCCAAAACUUGAAUUUACAUUAAACAUACAUUUAAGUGUAAAUUCACUGUGAUUGUUAUGCAUAACAAGUUUUAAAAAAGUAUUCAAUCAAUAGAACAUUGCUGUUUAUAGGUUUUUGACCAUUUUGAACAACAGGAUUGGAAAUUCAUGAAAAAAUAAGAUUUACUGUUUCUACUAAUGAGAAAAGCAGAUCCUGCCUGGAAAGGAAUAUUGACACCAUAGAGACCCAUGCCACCAGGACAGGUAUUAGAUUAUUUCAAUAAAGAAACAAUUGGUAGAAUUUUGGAAAUUUGUUGUUUCUUCCAUUAUUUCAGCAUAUUGCACUGUACAGUAUGUUUUAAUAAACGAAUGAAUGCCAUUGUGGAAACUUUGAUUCUAAUAAUGUAUCUGUAUUAUAUGUACAGUUUACUCAGGAGACUUUGUACACAUUUCAGUUGUAUAUUUAUCUAGAAUUGCACAAUUACAUCAUUCAAACAGUACAGAUUUUCUACUAUACAUAUAUGAAAUGUUUUUUCAAGUGUUUCAUGUUGUAUGCUUUUCUAAAUUUCUAAGUCUUGUCAAUAUACAUAUAUAU